AUGCCUGUCACCAAUUUCAAAUACCCCGAUCCUUACAAGUACCAACUGGGCUUCGACUCCCAUCAUGAGAGUGAAGCCAUUGAGGGAGCCCUCCCAGUCGGUCAAAACUCACCCCAAAAAGCCCCAUACGGGUUGUACACAGAAAAGCUCUCGGGCACUGCCUUCACCGCUCCUCGCCGCGAGAACAAACAGACCUGGGUUUAUCGUGUUCUACCAGCAGCAGCUCAUGAGAACUUCGUGGCUGAAGAUGUCGACUCAUAUCACACCAGUAUGACAACAGAAACCCAGAAGCUCCACCAUAUUCCAAACCAGCUGCGAUGGAACCCAUUUGACCUGGAUGAGAAGGUGGAUUGGGUACAUGGAUUACAUUUGAUCGCUGGAUCCGGCGACCCGACCAUGAAACAAGGCUUGGGAAUCCUACUCUAUGCAGCUGGAAAGGAUAUGGGCAAGGAAGCCUUCUAUUCUGCGGAUGGCGACUUCCUGAUUGUCCCCCAGCACGGCGUGUUGGAUAUCCAAACUGAGCUUGGUCGCAUUAUCCUCCGACCAAAUGAGAUCUGCGUCAUUCCCCGCGGCGUAAGGUAUGCAAAAAAUCAUAUACACUCCAAUUAUAUUCACCAGCUGACUCUUUCCUUCAGAUACCGAGUAACGCUUCCAGACGGCCCAGUGCGCGGCUACAUCUGUGAACUAUACCAGGGUCACUAUGAACUCCCCGAGCUGGGUCCCAUUGGCUCGAAUGGUCUAGCCAACGCGCGCGACUUCCAAGCCCCAGUAGCCGACUUCGACGACGAAGAGGAAAGCGAGUAUAAACUGUACAGCAAGUUCAACAACACUCUAUUUUCCGCCAGACAGAACCACACGCCGUUCGACGUUGUUGCCUGGCACGGAAACUACUAUCCCUUCAAAUAUGAUCUGGGACGAUUCAACACCAUCGGCUCCAUUUCAUUCGACCACCCUGAUCCCUCAAUCUUUACUGUGUUGACUGGUCCCUCAGACCAUGUUGGCACAGCCAUUGCGGACUUUGUUAUCUUCCCCCCGCGCUGGCUGGUGGCUGAAGGAACUUUCCGUCCUCCUUGGUACCACCGUAACACCAUGUCGGAGUUCAUGGGUCUGAUUGCUGGUGAUUACGAUGCUAAGGUUGGCGGUGGGUUCCAGCCUGCUGGCGCUAGUUUGCAUAACGUUAUGAGUGCUCAUGGUCCCGACUCUGGGGCUUUCGAGGGAGCUAGCAAUGCAGAGUUGAAGCCUACCAAGGUUGGAGAUGGAAGCAUGGCGUUCAUGUUCGAGAGCUCUCUCAUGGUCGGUGUGUCUGAGUGGGGCUUAAAGCAAUGCCAGAAGGUGCAGCCUGAAUAUAACCAGCAUAGCUGGACACCCUUGAAGCGUCAUUUUGUGAACCCCCACAAGAAGGCUUAA